UAGACACAGCCUUGGUGACUCAGUUUCACCACUUUUAAAAUCAAGAUAAUAUUUAGCUGUCUCAUAAGAAUACUGGUCUUAAUUUGAUUAUAUAGCAGAGUGAGAUCCUGCCGUAGAAGUUCAAGGUGUUGUCUGAUUUUUUUUUUUAAAGGUAGGUGGAGAAUUCCUGUUAGUGUUUAAUGGGAAGGAGAAUAUGCUGCAGCAGUUUUCAUUUAAGCAUAUCAUUGUUUGUGAAAAGGGUGUGUGUGUGGAAACGUCAUUGUACACUAGCAGGUGGAGGAAAAAUAUUUCAUGCUUCCUGUAAUGCUUACAGAGCUGCCUUCUUGUCUGAAACUUCUGUGCUCUGGAUUCCAUUAAAAUGCCUCAAAUGUAAAACUCUCUGCAUUUUUCCUAAGACAGCAUUACAGAGAUGUUUUCAUGUAAAAGGCAUUUUUUUUAUUAAAUAUAAGGAUCCUGAUAAAAUUCAUUUGACAACUUAGUUUACUUUGGCAUCUCCAAAUGGUGUGUAUAGGAAUGCUAUUGCUUUCAUUGGCUUUUUGGUUCUACUGAAAAUAUAUGAAAUGGACUCUCUUUUUUUUUAAAGGGGGAGGAGGGUGGGAAAUGUAGUCUUAGAAGUAGCUCUUUUGAGAUCUAGUUCAUUUUGUAUCCUCCAUUGGAUAUUCUAGUUACAGAAGCAAUGUACACACAUGCACACAAAAGAAUAAUUUACUUCUAAGUUAGAGAAAUCUGCAAAAAUUCUGUUCCCCAAUUUUACUUUCUUCCUCCACCCAUCGAAUAAGAAACAUUUCUAUUACAGUUGUCACACUGAAACCGUGGCAGUAUUAGUCGUGUGGUAAAGCAGUCAGUGAAAACCUACGCCCUGCAGUCAAGACUGCAUUUGAUUUUGUGAAUUCACGAGUACACCUACUGCAACCAUUGCUGCCAUGAUGCCUGUUGCAACUGUGAUGCCGGAUGACACACCGAUGUUUGACCCAAGUCUCCUUCAUGAGCUUGACUGGAGCCAGAACACAGCAGCGUUUUCUCCUGCGAUUUCGCCUUUACAGCCAGGGGAUGGUUUAGUCCUGAGGCCCCUUUGCACUGCCGAUUUAAACAGAGGCUUUUUUAAGGUUCUGGGUCAGCUGACAGAAGCUGGAGCUGCCAGCCCGGAGCAGUUCAUCAAAACCUUCGAGCACAUGAAGAGAUCCGGUGAUUACUACGUGACUGUGGUGGAAGAUACAAAUCUGGGACAGAUUGUUGCUACAGCAACACUGGUCAUAGAAUAUAAAUUUACUCAUUCAUGUGCAAAGAGAGGAAGGGUAGAAGAUGUGGUAGUAAGUGAUGAAUGCAGAGGAAAGCAGCUUGGCAAACUAUUGAUGUCUACGCUUACGUUGCUCAGUAAGAGACUGAACUGUUAUAAAAUUACUCUCGAGUGUCUACCCAAAAAUGUGGCUUUCUAUAAAAAGUUUGGAUAUUCAGUAUCUGAAGAAAACUACAUGAGUCAAAAAUUCUUUAAUUAAGAACUUGCUGCUUAUCUUUUGUAAAGACUGUCGGUGGAGGACCUGGUGAUACAAACUCAUUCUCUCUGUGGAAAAUUUAAGUAGUUUGUUGCUGCAAAUGUAAUUAUCCCUGUAGAUACUGGAGAACAGAUGUGUAAAAAUUGAUCUUGAAUGGCAUUUUCACAUGUCUCUAGGGACGGUGAGCGAUGGUACUCAUUUUACUACUGUUCAGCUUAAGUGAAGCUUUUUUGUGUUCUUAGCUGGUUUAUAAAGGGGAUGGUUUUUAACCAAAGUUAUAUAUUUUUAAUCUCAAAAUCUUUCUUGCCUUGUAUUUUUCUAAAGCUUUGCGCUUCUUGGUAGCCAAAGUGCAGGUAGUGUGGGAGUUAAGUUUCUCUCUCUAGUUUAUUGAAGGAAAUGUAAACUAUGUGGACAACAAACCCAUCACACAGCAAUGUAAAGGACCUGUUUUAUUUCUAUCCUUAAAACAUAGAUUUCAGGGCUAUUGACAUUAAUGCACCUAAAAGUUUCAUAGACAUUGGCUUCCAAAAAUCAGAUUGAAUAGAUUAUAUUGGGGGGUAUAAUGUGGAUGUAGUCCAUGUUCACUGGCCAUAUUAUAGUUGAGAUAUUAAAAUACCAGUGAAGGCUGAUUACAUAUUCAGGCCCUGCACUUUAGUUGGUAUAUUGGAAAGAGUCAGAGCUGUCGCUUACAGACGUGUGGCUUGUGCACAGAGCAAGAAAAUUGCCAAGUUGCAAUGGUCUAAAGUGAAAAGUCGCUCGAGUAAGGCUUUGCUUAUUUCUGUUCUAGUUAGAUGAAUGUCAUUUGAGAACAGGAGUUAACACAGGGGUGGGCAAUCAUUUUUGAGCGGGGGCCACUUCCAGAUUUUUGAAGUGGUUACUUCUGGGGUGGGGCUUUAAAUAGAAGCCGUAGAAAGGGCUUCCGGCUCCCAGGCAGCGCGCGAGGCUGGAGCUGCGAUCCCUUUCACUUGCUUCUAUUGAAAGGGCUUGUGCCUGCCGAGUGGCCGCCAGGCAAUCCAGCUGCCCGGGAGGCGUGAACCCUUUAAGGAGAAACAGCGAACAGGGCUCCGGUGCCACUAGCGCGUUGCCUGGGAGCCGGAGAUGCGCGAGCCCUUUCAACUGCUUCUAUUUAAAGGGCUUGCGCCUCCCCCGUGGCUCCCAGGCAUUCUGCUGGGGGCGGGGCCUGGAACAGCCACGUGGGCCGGAUCAAAGCUGGAAGCAAGCCGGAUCUGGCCCGCCAAGUGGCUUUUUCCCACCCCGAGCUAACACCUCCUUCACCAGUGACAGGGCCGAGAUGUGCUCAGUCAGGGAACACAUUUCAAUUCCUUGCCACACUUGAAUUCUCCUGGGCCAGAUCUGCACUGCUAGUAUCCGCUUCUGCAGUAUUGACAUGCUGGUUUGCAGAGCAAUCCCAAAUCCAGGUACCAGAGGCUGGAUGCUGCUUCCGAUUGUCCCAUCCGCUCCUAAGAGUGGAUAAAUGAUUUUAGCACUUCUUGCCGUCGAUGGCAAUAAAACCCUUGUUUCAGCGGUAACACUUCGUAGGAGAGCGCCCCAGAUGGCGGUAGAGUAGGGGAGUGAGAGUAAUGAAGGUUACUGCAGAACUGUCUUGUUGUGUGUUUGAACGAUCAGGCCGUACAAACGUCUCGUUUCAGCUGAGGACCACGUGACGUCGUGGCGAGGGGUCUAUUUAAUGUAAUUGAUAGCAUUCUAAUAUAUUGGGUUCUUGGUGAUGUCUAGGUUGUAUUUAUUUUUUUUAAAAAGCAUUGUUUAAUCUAAAAUAAAUGGAGACUGCCGUACUUGCCUUGGU